AGCAACUUCAGUUGAUUCAUACGGAGGAAACUUUAAUGAAAGGCAACUUUUUUGACAGGAUAGCUACCGCGUAGUCACACAGAAGAACAAUAACAAACUUCAAGAUGGCUAACAGAUAGCUGGUAGCCAAAAUUGCGGUAAAACAAGACGGUGAAAAGGUUGCUUUAAAUUCGCUGAUAAUAUCGGAGUAGUUGCAGCAAUGCCAGACGUUGAACCCCUCAGAUUCCCAUCAAGGGAGGGACGACCGAGUCAACAAGAUCAAGCAGAUCUUCAAGUCGUCUGCUCUGGUAGACGUCGCAAUUGCGCUUUGCUCAACAGUCCCUCACCAUGUGUGAACAAUGCUCUUUACCAUAUGCAACAGCUGAAGAUGACUGUGGAAAGAUGGUGUCAACAGUGUGGAAAAUAUCAGCCACAGAUCGACCAGGACAAGCACCAAUACAGCAAAACUUUAAGAUUUCAAUCCAGAGACUCAGAUACUGAAUCAGUGAUGUCUACAGAGUUGUUUGUUGAAGGCGUCGCAAUUAGUGCAAGAGAAAGUUGUCCAUUAUCGCCACUAUUGAAGAAAAUAAAUGAUGUCCUUGGAGAGGUUGUGUAUCUGAUUGAGCGGCUGGAGGCUGAUCGGCAGUAUGCAGAGGAAGCUCUCCACAAAGAAAAAAGAAGAAAAAGAUUUUUGGAGAACCGAGUUGACAGUAUUUCACUAUGGAAGCAACAAGAGCAUUCUUUUAUUGUCCAAAAAGAGCAUGAGGCUUGCAUCAGAGACAUCACUGAACUGAAGUGGCAGCUAAAACUGGAAAGAGAGAAGCUUGACCAGGUCCAGGAGAAACUGUCACACACUGAGGUUUUGAACCAGCACUUACAGGAGGACAUCAACUUUGCCAAAAAACAAAUCCCCAUUGUGAAAGAAAAUCUGGACCUCCAGAGAACCAUCAUAAAUCAAAUCAACACUACACAAGCUGAGGCUGAUGAAGUAUACUCAAAAACAACAAGUGAUCUCAUAAUGGUUCAGAAGGAGUUAAAACAGAUGGAACUGAAUGCCAACAAUGAAAAAACAUCAUUACACCAUGUACUGUUUGCAAUGAAGAAUCAGGUGGCUCACAGAUUGGAAGAUUUAAACCAAUUGAAGAUGGUUGAGAAAAGUUUAUGCGAAGAAAUAAAUGAUGCUGAAAAGACAGUUGCUCUUACAGAAGAGAAGUGCGCAGCCAUAACGCAACGUAUUCCUCAAAUCAUGGAGCUUGAGGAAACUGAAAAAAACCAGAUUUUGCAGUUGAAACUUCAAAUUGAUGAUGAAAUGCAAAAAAAUAAGAAAUUGAAAGAGAAACUAAUUGCAUUGCAAGAAGAUAUUGAGAGAUCUAAACUUAAUGGGGAAGCAGAGGUUUCCUGCAUAGAAGAGCAGCUCCAUUUAAAACGAAAUGCUUUUGCCGCCAUCCGCAAAGAAAACAUGGAGUAUGAACAGAAUAUUGAAGACUACAAGAUGAAAAUUUCUCAGAGUGAGGAAGCAGUGAAGCAGAUGCACGAGGAGAGGAAGCAGAUGCUCCAGAGAAUCAUUGCCAAUGACGAGCAGUGGGAAAAGGCCAAGGAGGAAGUGACCCAAGUUGUAGCCCAGCACAGUGUCACCCAGAGUAAGCUGGAGGAACAGGAGCAGCUCACCUUCGUGGAAGAACAGAGGGCCAGGAAACAGAUUGAAAACCUGAGGAAAGAUCUGACAGGUCAGAUGACUGCUAUAGAACUACUGAAGGGUCAGUGUGCAAAUAUCAAUGAAGGACUAAAAAAACAGCAAAGGAGCUCAGAGCUAACCAACCAAAAACUUCAGAAAGAAUUUGAAGUUGCAUCUUCAGCAACAAAAGCUCUGGAGACAAAGAUUGAGAAAAUCAAGAAAGUGACAGAAAAUUUGGAAAAGAUUCAGUGUGAGCACAUGAACACGUUACACAACCUUGAGAAGGAGAAAAAACUCAAAUGUGACCAUCUGAAAGCUGCUCAGGAUUUACACAGUGCCACUAUAAAGAGAUGUGACAACACUCUGGGCAGGAUCAGUGACCUUACAAAGAAGAGCAAAGAAUACCAAGAUGCUUCAGAUAAAAUGGAAAAAAUAGUUGAAAGAAUGCCAGAAGUCAUAGCGGAACUUCAAAGUGUGUUUGAUGUGGUGGAUUUCAAAAACAAAUCAGCUGCUCUCAUAAUGAGCACCUUGCAGUCUGAUAUUAAUAACUGCCAACAACAAGCACAGCGAUCCAUGCAGACACACACUGCUCAUGUUACAGCAAGGAAAAAGGAAAUGGAAGACACCAAGGAAGCACUAAAAAUCGCACUGAAGGAGAACAAAGAGUUGGCAAUCGAGUAUGAAGGUCUUAAGAAGAUCCUCAUGGAGGCCAAACAAGAGGCAGUGUCAGCACUGAGCAAAAAAAACCAUGAAUAUAAAUCUUUUAAUUAUUACACACAGCUCUCUUUGUUGCAGAAGAGGAUGCACAAAGCUUUGGUGAAAUACUUCAAACAACGCAGCCUCAACAGCAAGGCUGAACUGGACCGGUGCCAGGCUCUCUCUCAAGAGACCAACCAGAAAAUAAAAACAGCCCAGGAGGGGUUGUCAGAGGAAAUCCAGCUCAUCUCUACGUUCCUGCAAUCGUUGACAGAUGACUCUACUACCACUGAUGAUGCUGGGGUGAACAAACAAGCCAGUCCAGAUGCCGCUGGAUCGAAUGAGUAGAUGCCUUCAGUUCAAAUAGCAGUGUAAUUGGACAUUCACCUGUACCAGACAACUUACUUACCCUAGCACGCUUCACUAUUCCCCCCUCUUUACUUGCAGCAAAUCCAUAACAAUGAAACAGGUGACUUUCAUGCUGCUGUCAGGACUGAUCUAAUUUUAGCUGGGUGAAUGAUUGCAAUUGGCUUUGCCUCAUCAGAUAAUUAAUCUAUGUCACCAUUAAUUGGAAAAGAGAAUAAUUACAGGCAGUGUUGACAGAAAUUCUACGCUUCUCCAGAUUCCAAGAUCUAAUUACAACUAGUGAAACCCCGUGACCUUAACUAGCACUUAGUACACCUUGCCCACCUUGACCAUGCCCAUGUGAAGACCACUGUCUCUGGAAAGACCCCGUUUUUGUAAUGGCACCGCACACUCCUCCACUCUCUUCGCUCUCCUCACUCUCUGAAAGCUGUCUCCCUCAAUCACUUUUCAAUAUUCAAUCUUAAUUUUGUGGAAGUUUAGCAUUUUCAAUGAGCUGGAGAUGAAUGAUUAAUGAAUAAAUUUAAAUGCUUCAUUUUGUCCAUGGAUCAUUAGUUAAGUCCUUUGUGGGAAGGACCUGAGAAAGGAGUGAAAAUUAUUGAGACAUUAGCCUGAAGCAAUCCAGGGGUAAAUAGUGUGCACAAAAGGAUGUUGUGUGUGCACUAUCCACUGGCUUUUCUAAAGAACCCUGGGGAAACAUUGUUUUCAAUUUGGAAUCUUAACUGAAUCACAUUUAGUACUUGUAGAAAAUUGAUUUUUGUUUCAUCAUGUUUCAACAAUGUCAUACUAAUGGUAGACAACAGUAAUGUCUGCUCCAUAUAGACUUUAAAAGUUAGAGAGUUCUUCUCUGGAUAAACAAUACUUGUCCAAAUAUGAUCAGAUUCCUAAAAUAUUUAAAUUCUCUUUAAAAAAAAAAAAAUACAAACAUGUGAUUAAUAAUGGUCAUAGUUCUAGAAAGAGACAUUGUGUCGAUAUUUUUUUUUACUAUUUUCGUGGCGUCAAGGUCAGUGUUUUUAGACUGCUCCUUAGAAAUAUGUGUUGCCCUCUCCUGUCUGUGUCUGCUUGAUAGAGAUGCUGUUGUUUUCUUGAUACGCCGGAUGACUCUCAUACUAGUGGAGACAGAAGGGGGCAGUAUGGACACAACAACCUUAGAGAGACAUAAUUGACUGCAACACGGUCCAGUUUAGUACUUACCAUGAUUGUAGCGUUUCAUCUCAAAUUAAGUAUCAUCAUUUAGUCAAUUUGAAUGUAAAUACAAAAUGUAACUUUGGUUAAAAAAAGAUAAUAAUCAAAUAUUAGAACUUUUAUAGUAUCAUUUAUCUGCAAAGUGAUUAAAGUUUUCUUCUAUAGCUUUGAACUAACAUAAACUAUAUAGUAUUGUACAGAGACACACACACACACGCAUUAACGUGAUACCUCAUAUCGACUACUCACAAAGCCAUGAUGCCACUAGAUCUCCAAAAGCACCUUGAAGAGAAAAAUGUUCAGUCUGUCUUAUAUUCCUUACAGGCUAUAAGGCAAUAUCUCAAAAGAAAGUGCCUCCCCGACACAUUUAUCUGCUCUCCUUGCAUCUAAUCAAUCCCCUAAAUAAAUGAAAAAGAGCCACAACUAGAUGUCAUCACAUUUAUCUGCAGGCAUACCUCAAAGUGGACACACCUAAAUGCUGCUACUCUAAAGAGGGCGGAUUGUGGAAAUACUGAUGGGGACUACUUGACAGCUGAGAUGUAUUUUCUUUCACAUUAGAUGCAUGUUUCAGUAUGUUGAGGAUGAAAUAUACAGCACAGGCCAUACUGUGUUGUUGUGUUCUGUGAUACAUCAAAGCUGGUUUAUAAGAUUUUUUUGUGUAAUUUUGUAUAAAGGCAUAUUUUGCUAGAGACAUGUUGGGGAAAAUCUGAUUUACAAGCAGCAUGAUUCUCAGUUUCAGCCUGGCACCACCAUGCAGACGAUGGGCCCGUUUCAUUUGGAUUCACUUCAGUGAUCAUUUCUGAUCGUUGAUGUGAAGCCAAGUGAAUCAGAGCAACGUUCAGACUUCUCAAGCUAACCAAAAUUCGGUUGCGAGAUCUUUUUAAAACCAGGAAAAUGGAGGUGUCCACUCAAACCGUCCUGUGUUUGUUCAUGGGCAAGUGGAGAGUUGAGCCAUGGAGCUGAUGGAGCCAAAGAAAGAAUGUGAGUGGAGAGAGGUGCUACUGUGUCUAAAAUAUCAAUGAGGGAGAUGCUGCCAAGUUUUGGAGCACACAAGAGGGAAAUAGGUCUUCUGUUAAUAUAGAGGGGACCACA